GGCUAUAAAAGGGCCAGGGAAGGGGACUUGUGGCAGUCAAACGAGUCCGCCUUGGUUUUCACUCGCCCUCAACGCAGCGCAAAGAAUAAAUAAGAAAAGAUGGCCUUCGCUGGUGUUCUCAAUGAUGCUGAGGUGAAAGCUGCCCUGGACGGCUGCUCAGCUGCUGACUCCUUCAACUACAAGACCUUCUUCAAGGCAUGCGGCCUGUCCAGCAAGUCCUCCGAUGAGGUCAAGAAGGCCUUCGCCAUCAUUGACCAGGACAACAGUGGCUUCAUUGAGGAGGAUGAGCUGAAGCUGUUCCUGCAGAACUUCGUUGCCACCGCCAGAGCACUCACCGACAAGGAGACCAAGGCUUUCCUUGCCGCUGGUGACAGCGACGGUGAUGGCAAGAUCGGAGUCGAUGAGUUCGCUGCCCUUGUUAAGGCAUAAAUUUCCAUUGACCAAGAUCCACUUCUUCUUUUCAUGGAACUGUGAGCUUCUUGCAAGAACCACUAAUCAUCAGCUGAAAGAAUAUUUUUUUAUACCUUAUUUAUGAGUUGCCUGCGGAGUAUUUCUCAAACAUGGAACACAUGCUUUUACUGUGAAAUGUUAUUCGGGUGUGUUAAAUGUUCUGAAAAAUGACUUGUGCAAACUGUACAACACCAUAUGCACUUUUGAGGAAGAGUGAAAAAAAACCAGGAAUAAAUACUCUUUUGGUGUAAAGUCA